UUCACCUUGCGCGACUUCCAAGAGUUCGGUGAUUUCGUCAUACAGCCUACCGACAAUAUUCUUGAACACCUCCUAGUGCAAAAGCACGAGAGGAGGCCGAACCGACUAACCCUCCUGGUUUUCUUCCAUGUAUCUGCAAUUGAGAGACUUCAGGAUUGGAACGAGACAUUGAGCCCUGAAUACUUCAUCGAUCCCAACUUUGUCAAAGAGACAUUGCAAACCCUAUCGCUCUUACUUCCUUCCAACGAUUUAGAUAGCCUAGACUGGUUUAAGCGUUAUCACAGAAAGUUCCAGCGCAACUUGCCCCGCAGAGUCAGGUCGUUGAGCGGAAUCGACCCUCGUGCCGGGCAAUUGCCGGUCACUUCAAGACAGGCUGCCAGCUACAACUAUUGGUUGCCCAGGCUUCUGGAAUUGGAGAAAGAAUUUCUCAACUAUUCGCCACGGACUCUCAGGCAAUUCUUACGUGACCGUCGGCGAUACCGCGAUUGGACACUGUACUGGGUCGGUCUCGUGGCGCUAGUGCUGACUCUCAUAUCCUCUCUGACAGGUGUAGCGUCUGCCAUUGUGGGUGGCUUGGCCCUGAAAGAUGACGAAAAAGACACACAUCUAGUGACUGCGGCUUGCUGUUGUCGUGACGAAGUCGCCCUCACCAAUGUUGUGACAACGGUGAGCAUCGCUUCGGCGACUACUUCGGUAGUGACUCUUGAGCCAGCUCAGGUGAUUGACCCAACGCGGACACUGGUUAUCACAGUACGCGUCACUACCACAGUCAUGAUGACAGGGGCUUGA